UGCAUGAUCAAUUUUUACAGAUUUCCUUGAGAAUAAGAAGGAGAAACACAAUGCUGAAAUGCAGAGAAAUGCAGAUACAAAACAGGGUUUUUUUCCUAUCGCGAAAGGGUCAAACAGAUGCAACAUUGUCUGUCCGAUAGAAGUUAUUUUCUCACAUUCAGGCGGCACAAAUCAACAGCAGUCGCACGUAUCACAGUAUGCUGCAACUACAACUACGAGGCCGAAUCCGAAUACACAGCAAGAAAUAACGUCAACGGUAUCGCAUACGACUGGUAUUUCAAAUAAUAAAUCUGAAAACAGACAACCAAGUCAUGAACGUCAAUCAAUCAAUCAAAUUCUUGAAACAUCAGUCAUCCCCAGUGUAAUAGGAAAUCACUCAAGAAAGUUCAAGGGUCACCAUCAUCUUACCGCAGGACAGAGAAACAGACUUCUUAAAAUAUUAAAACUAGCAAAUCACCAUGGCAAAAAAUUGUACAAAUUCAGGCAAUUACUACAGCCAUUUGGAUGUUAUGUAGUAUGUAGUGAGGUGCAUGUGUUUGGAGGAAUUUCACAUGGUACAAGUACAAGUAGUCCCGAACAAGGUUCCCAAAAUGAAAAUGAAGAUGACUCUGAAGAUGAAGAAAACUCUGAAGAUGAAGAAGACUCUGAAGAUGACUCAUAUCACGAAGGUGAAGAUACGCCAAUAGAAGCUACAAUCGAGCCUCCACAUUCAUCAAAGAAUCGCGUGAACAUUAAGAAAUUUUUAUAACAAGCUGGUAUGAGGAACGGAAAUAAUGAAAAUACUUUCAUUCGAUACCUAAUAUUAAUUGUGGAAAAUAAUGUUUUAUGCUUCUCUGCUACAAUUUUCCAGUGCUUCAAUAUUUAAUAAAUAUAUCGGGUGUUCAAUAAAUGUGUGAUUUACCAAA